GGCGAGCGAACGGCUCACGUGACAUAUCACGUUCGCCGUGAGGCGGAGCCCGUGUGACUCGAACUACAGCUACAGCUGCUACAGCCGAAAAGAUUGUUCAGUUGUGGAACAAUCGACAGUAACGAACGACUGCGAGCUCGUUUUGUAGGAACGUUCGGCAUGGAAGACAAGCAAAUGGGUACAAGAAGAGACAGUCUGAUCAGUUCUGGAACGAUUGACAUAGAGGACAAGCAAAGGGAAUGUCAUGCGGACGAAAUUCCUAGAGAAGAAAGAGGAAGCCGUCUCGAAAGCUUGGCACAUGUGUACGCUGACAAGGGAAAAGACUUCACCACACCUGAAUAUUAUCGUCAGGAUGACAUCUGGUACAAGAUGGACAAGAAAGCAGGAAAAAAGUGUGGAAUAUGUGCGAUCAUAAAAGUUAAGAGUCCUGACACGCAAGAACAAUCGGGAGCUGAAGCAGACGCCAAGACCAUAGAAAGUGUAUUUGGUGGCGUCAUUGGCUUUGACGUUAAAGUUUACGACGUUCCCACACCAGCAGAUAUCCGCGAAAAGCUCAAAACGUGUAAAGACGAUAUUGACAAGGAUUCAUCGACAGCAUCAGAUUGCUUCGCCUGCUUUGUGCUGGGUCACGGCAAGGAAGAUAUCACGUUCCCUUUCGGCGGCGAACUGAUUGACCUGGAAUACAUCUACGAACAGUUCAGUAACAAAGUCUGCACGAAGCUUCUUGGGAAACCCAAAUUGUUCUUCUUACACACUUUACGUGGCGGGAAACAGGGAGGCAAAUUUGACUUUGCUGACGGUCCGAGCAAGACUACAAGUGUGCCUUCACAUGCUGAUUUCUUUAUCUUCGAGAGUACCUCGACAGGUUAUCUUUCGUCUCCGGGUUCAGUUGGUGGUUCUUUAUUCGUCCAGGCGCUCUGUCAAGUCAUCAACAGAGACUAUCUUACGAAGAAUUUCGAAGAAAUGAUGACACUGGUCAAGUAUUAUGUAGCACGGGAAAAGAAACCGGAUGAGACACUGUACAGACACUCCACGCUCAGGAAGAAUAUUCGGUUUGCAGCUGAAGAGGACAAGAUGGGCGACGAACUAUCAAGAACACAGCCAUGCAGAGCUCCUGCGCACAGUGAACAGCGCACGCAUAGCCAGGGAAUGGACUCUGCACUGGACUCUGGAGCAUAUCCGGUCAUCGUGCGCCCCAGCCAUAACCCGGACUGUUUCGAAUUACGGAAUGAUAACUUGGAACGCCUUCUCACCAACCCCGAUGUUGCAGACCUCCCUGUGGUGGUCUUGUCAGUGGCAGGAGGAUUCCGACUCGGAAAGUCCUUCCUUCUCGGCUUCUGUAUCAGGUAUCUGGAACACUUGGAGAUGUCGUCGUAUCCAUCUGGUUGGAUGGACAAGGACGAUAUACCACUGACAGGCUUUUCUUGGAAGUACGGCAGCAAAAGACAUACAACUGGCAUUCACCUGUGGGGAAAAGUUUUCAAAAUCAAGACCCCGAAACACGGGCUCGUGGCUGUAGUCCUCAUGGACACGGAAGGUGCGUUCGACAACACGUCCACGCUGGAAGGAAAUGUCACAAUUUUCUCAGUGAGCAUGCUGCUGAGCUCUGUCCAAGUGUACAACCUCACCAAACAAAUAACCCAGUCCGAUUUGGAGCAUCUGAAGCUAUUUGCCGAGUAUGCUAGCAUGGCAAGAAGUAAGGAGGGCCAGGGCAAUGAAGUGUUCCAGAAGCUCCUGUUUCUUAUUCGUGACUGGAAAUAUCCUGGAGAGAAACCGUUUGGACUGGAAGGAGGACAAGAGCUGCUUGAUCCCUGGCUUGAAAGGAACCACACACUGCCCCGUGAAGUCUACGAACUGCGCGAAAACAUCAUAUCCAGCUUCGCCGAAGUGAGAUGUUUCCUCUUGCCUAGACCUGGUGACGCGAUAGAGAAGUCGAGCUUCGACGGAAAACUUCAUGAUCUUUCUACAGAUUUUAAAUUUCACAUAAAGGAUCUCGUGCCUUUUCUUCUUUCACCCGAAACGGUUGUUCCAAAAAAGAUCAAUGGAAGGAUUGUUACGUGCAAGGAGCUCGUGUGCAUGUUUCAGGCUUAUUUUAGCGUCUUCAACCAUAAGGAGCUCCCUCAACCCUUGUCUAUCUUCAACGCGACUGCAUUUAUCCACAACAAGCGAAUAAUGGACAAGAUCGUUGGAAAAUAUGACACCGGGAUGGAAGCGAUCGUUCAUUCCCACUCUGACACUGACAUUCAAAUGGAACAUGAUAGACUGACAAGAGAGUGCUUAUCAGUGUUCCAGAACGAGCAAAAGAUGGGAAAGCAUGACGCAGAACUUCGGGAACUGCUCAUCAAGGACCUUAACGACCACUACGAUGUGUGGAGACAUGCCCGUGAUAUGUGGAGGAAGUACACCCACGAUAAGGAGCACCGAUUUGGGGAAGAGCGAGAAAAGCCCAAGCGCGAUUUUCAAGAAAGUCUCGAAAAGCUCAUGGAAGAGGAGAGGAAGAAAUAUCAGGAAAAUAUGGAUUCUAUGGCCAGAAGACACAGUCUAGAUAUGGAACAGAUGAGAAAGGCUAUGCAGACUGCAUCUUUAAAGAAUCGAAUCUGGGACAUUGGGUUGACGAUCGCGAACACUUUCCCUGGUCUUUGCCAAGCUGGAGUCGGCCUCUUCAAAACAUAUCUGAAGUAUCGCUGAGGUCCUCACUGAGAAACCCAGUGGCAUCCAUCGACAGCUUGGCGUUACCUGACACUGCUGUACCUGUACCAUUGCAUUAAGAAAUACCCAGGCAGAGCUGGUAUAUAGGGGUUGGGCACAUGUUUGGUAGCGCGGAUGUCAAUAUUGGUUCAUUGUUGUAUGUGUAACCCGGCUCAUAUAGGCUAAGUGCUGACAUGCCUGCCUUGCACAUUUGGAAUGUAGCAACUUCCCUGGCAAUUGCCAGGGUUGUUGUUACACUCCAAAUAUGAAAAACGUACUCAUUCAGUGUUACUCGCUGAAUCCCUGUCGCCCCGUAUCAUCUGUUAUGGCACCACGAACGACGUUCUGAGUAGAGCUUGUCCAUAAAUUUUACAAUGUAGCACACGUACUUUGAACCAGCCGGUUCAGAAAUAAAACUCGAGGUCCACUUUUUCUUUAAAACUAGUUACGUGCUUAAACACGAAAAAAUUGUAUUUACCUUUUAGUGUGCCUCUCCUCCGAUGACUGUAUUCUAUACCGGGAAAUUGUUAUUGUAACCACGUAGCACUCCAACAUGAUUUUGGACUAGUUCACUCACUGUGCCACACCCGACAAAAGUCACUUCGCCUUGAGAAGUGUUGCGUCAUACCUUUCCAUUAUCGCAGACUAUGUCUUCACGCACCUCUUAUAUAUUCAGUCAGUAACAGCGCCCUUUCCAAGGUGGAUUCACAUAAAUGUCUCUGCGCCGUUCUCUCAGAUUAUCUAACUUGGAGGAAAUAUUAUUGAUUUUGUAGUAGAUAAGCGUAGCUACGUACUUGGUUAUAAUGGGCGGAAUCCCAAACUCGCUCCUCAGCAGCUGAAGAAGUUGGCUUGUACCUAUUUUGUGCAUCCAGUACAUCUGCUUAAAUCCACUUCGCGAACUGCUUUACGGUUUUCCAAAACUGAGACGCGAGGUUCGUUAUUAGUGACUUGACACGGUUUUUCUCAAUUUAAUUAAUCAAACAGCAAUUAUAAGUUUCUAAUCUUGGUGAAUGCCGUCGAACACUGAGGUUACCACUUGUUCAUUAAUAUACCCUCAAGUAGCCCGCCAAUAUCUCAUUCGUCCACAUUCUUUCACAGGUUCGAGAAUCAGCUAACUCUCUUUUUUUCAGCCAAACUGUUACUGAUUGAACCGGCCUCCUUUCACAAAGAGCGUACAUUAUAAACCACUACGACUUUACUAGGACCACAUAUGUGAUGCUAUUUAGUAUCCUUAAUCUCCUUGCUGCCUGAGGUGCACCUACUAAUGUUUUGACUAUUUGCUAUUCCCAUUGUUUAUUACUUCGCUGUGGGCUACCUACAUGCCUAGUGCACUACAAGUGCUACUUUGUUACACAGAAUAAUGUGAUGUGUUUAGUUAUGUUUUUGUUUUUCCUUGCGGGUAGUUACUGAUUACGAGUUACUAGAUUUUCUAAGACUACUUUUAUGUGUCUGCCUUUAGUUCUCGCUCAAUAGAUUCCGACUCUUAAAACGCCUGCCAUUCUAUUCUAUUCUAUUCUUGUUCGAAUGACGCUUUAACCAAGAACUCUUCCCUCUGGCUCCUCCUCCUGAACUUUAUAUUAUCUAACUGUAUACCUGUUAUCAAAAUAAAAUUGGAAUUCGAAAA